AGUGCUUUCUCGUUUGAUCAAGGAUCAAGGUGCUCAUCGAGCUUUUGUUACUUGAAGGUCGAAAUUAGACUCUCCUCUCUCCGAGACCAUGGGGAAGGGUUUCUUUUCCAUCAACAUGGGGGUCUUGUGGGUGAAGUUGACAUAUUUUGCCUUCAGUUGUGGAAUGUCCAUGAUUUUUCCGUAUUCGACCCUUCAAAUGCGACAGUUGGGCAUGACUUACGAAGACAUUAGUUAUGUAUUCGGUCUCAUUCCAGCUUUGACAUUCUUCGCCUCGCCAAUCGCGGGAUUCAUAGGUGACCGAUUGGGAUAUCGAGCGAUUCUCAUCGUGUCAAUUCUCCUCACUGGGAUCUCAGCCACGUGCUUCGAUUGGACGCCACGAUGUAGUGAGCAAAUCCGCGCUCCUACUGCCAUAGUUUAUGAAUUGGACUCUUUGAAUGGCACUUUCGGUUUGUACUCGGUUCAGUGGGCCCCCUGUGACAAGCAUGUGACUCCGGUUUUGUGCAACAAUUCUCUCACCAACAACCUUGACCAGAUGCAGGAUUUAUCGGCCUAUCUCGAUUGUCCGGGAGGGGAUUUGGACGUUAUUGAUUUUCCUUGGAACUCUGUAUCCACCCUUGAGAAUAGUAAUGGAUCAUUUUGCCAAGCCGAGUCGGAUUUGAAUCUGGAAGUGACUCAUCCGGUGGAGGCAUUCCAACGGUGUCUCAUUCAAGACUACCCUGGCUUAGAGACGUGUGUUAGACAAUCUGGCUCCCAUGUGACCACUUUCUGGGUAUAUUUUGCCAUCCGAACUUUCUUCCAAUGGUUCAUGAAUUGCGCUUAUUCCCUGCUGGAUUCCACCUCCAUCACAUUGGCCAAACGACACGACAGUGACUAUUCGCAAGUGUUAAUCUUUAACCAAUUGGGAGCCACUCUUGGACCAUUCUUGUGUGCAUGGGUCAUCCAAGACCCUGCUAGCGACAGCCAGGAUGAAAUCAACUAUGCGUUGGCCUUUUACGCGGCGGACGGAUUUCUGUUUGUUGCUUGCCUUUUGUCUUUGAAAUUGGAUGUCACGUUGGAGAAGACAGGGCAGAAGGUGUCGAAAUCAUUGGGUCAGCUCAUUACGAAACCAUCCGUACUUCUCUUUGUCUUGGUGGGGAUCAACGGUUUGGGAUGGGGCGUUCACGAUUCAUAUUUGAACGUGUAUCUUCAAGAGUAUUUGGACGCACCGACGGCCUUCAUAAGUUAUUUGGCGUUCGUGGCGUCCUUAGCGGGGCUUCUCAUUUCGUUUGUGGCCAAACCGUUGAUCCAAUGGGUGGGCGAUGUCAACAUGAUUGCCGUUGGAAUUCUGGUCGAAGGAGUUCGACUCAUCAUAUACGCCACUGUCGUGCAAACCCCACCCUACUAUGCGUUCGCCCUGCACGCUUUGGACAGCAUUUCGUGGACGACCACCUUCGUCGCCACCAUCUAUUAUUCGUACACAGUGGCCCCACCGGACUUAAUUGCCACCAUGACGGCCACCAUUAAUGCGAUCGAAUUCAUUAUCGCUAAAGGGAUCGCCAGCUUGAUCAGUGGACAACUACUGGCUCAGACCUCGAUGGAGUUGCCCGACCUCUUUCUCUCCUCGGGCAUAUUUUUGAUCGUCAGCACUUUACUGGUGUUGUUGGCGUAUCAUUUUUGGAUCAAGCGGUAUGAAAUUGAGCUCUUGGCUCACAAAGCCAACUUGAUCGAGCGGAUGCGACGAAAACAAAAUGCCUCAGAGGUUCGAGUGAGCGUUGUGUCUUCAACGCUUUCGAUGUCACCUCAUGCUGAGGACGAUCUCAAUACAGCCGACCCUCAGUCCCUAAGAAGAAAUGAUUCCUAUGAAAAUGCUUUGGAACAAAUUGGCGAAGCUCAACGGCGAUUCAGUUUUGGACCAACCCGACUCUAGGCCAACCACCGAGACUUGAUUGUGUUUGCUGCCGUAUCAAGGCCACUGGACUAUGGAAGUCGUUGUUGUAUAUGCCAUGGUAGUACAAAAAUAUCUACCUUUAAUUGA